AUGCGCCACCGGGCCCGCCGCUCGGGGGCCCGCGGGGAGAGCUCCGGAAGUGACGCGUUUCGGAGCGGCCGCCGGCGCGGGCCCACGUGCUGGAGCGGGGGCUGCGGCCGGGCCGGGCCCGACAUGAACCCCUUCGCCUGGUUCCCGCCGCCCCCGCCCGGGCUGCCCCCGCCGGGGCUUCCCCCGCCCUUCUUCUGCCCGCCGCCCCCCUGGGAGCCGAGCUUCUGGGCCGCCCCCGGGCCCUGCCCGCCGCCCCCCGGCUGCCCGCCGCCCCCCGGGCCCUGCCCGCCGCCCGGCAGCGGCUGCCCGCCCGCCGAGAGCUCCUCGCAGCCCGCCGAGAACCGCACUCCCGCCGAGAGCUCCUCGCAGCCCGCCGAGAGCGGCUCCCAGCCGGCCACCAGCUCCUCGCAGCCCGAGAACACCUGCCCCCCGCCUGCCGGCCCCUGCCCCCCGCCUGCCGGCCCCUGCCCCCCGCCUGCCGGCUACCCGCCUCCCGCCGCCUGGUACCCGCCGGCCUACGGACCGCAGGGCCCCUACACGGGUGGAAAUGACAGUUUCUCCCAGAAAUGGCGAGGCGAACAAGUGCCUGGUUUUAGUAAACGUUUUCCAGACAAAAAUAACAGGCCAAAGAACAAAAUGAAAAAAGAGCCAGUUUUCUCUCAUUAUUGUGAUACCUGUGACCGUGGCUAUAAAAACCAGGAGAAGUAUGAUGAACAUAUUUCACAACAUAAACAGUGCACAGAAGAAGGUUGCACUUUCAGUGCACAUGAGAAGAUAGUUCAGAUGCAUUGGAGGAAUGCACAUGCACCUGGUGCUAAAAGAAUAAAACUAGACAGUCCAGAAGAGAUCGCUCGAUGGAGAGAAGAAAGAAAAAAGAAUUUUCCUACUUUGGCGAACAUUGAAAGGAAGAAGGCGAUGCAGAUGCAGAAGGAAGAAAGGGGAGAAGUGCUGACUACCCAACAGUUUGGGAAAAUGAGGGGAAUGUGGAAACCUGCAGAAAAUGAAGGGAGGUUUGGGCAGCAAGGAAGACAGAGGAGAAGACAAAGGCGUCCAUUCUGGAAGAAGUCUAGGGAAAAUGGUGGUGAUCAUAAUGCACAUAGAACUCAAAAUGAAGCUAAUGGACCAGUCAACAACACAUGUGAAAAGGAACGUGAAAAACAGGGUGAUUUGGCAGCUCAGCCAUGUGUGAAGGACGUGGACCCGCUCAGUCUUUUGGCAAACAGUGAUGUUGAAUCUGACAAGGACGAAGCAGCAGCCGAAGAUGGGAGGCAGGGACUGACUGUUGUUCCCAAACUGGUCACCUCUGCCCUGACGUCUCUCUCUGUCAACUAUGGCAGCGCAUCUGACAGCGAGCCUGAAGAAAUCCCAGUCAAGACUGCAACAAAAGCUGAGAAAAAACAGGCUGAGCUCAGAAAUACCCAGGAACCUACUUCUGUUCCUUCGAGUCAAAGCCAAAAUCAAAAACAUCCAGAACACUCAGGCACGACAUUGAGAAGCUCGAAUUCAAAUGCACGUCCCCACAGAGGGCCUGGUCACAGGGGCAAGAAAACAUUACUUCCCCUUCCAAAGCACCGUCCAACUCUGCUGGAAAUGCUACUGGCCCAGGACAUCCGACACGAGAGGAAUGUGGUUUUGCAGUGUGUUCGUUACCUCGUCCGACAUAACGUGUUUGGACUUAGUUUUAAAACAGCCCCACAAGCUGAAACAGAGACUGAACAGUCCUUCACAACUACAGCAGAGUCUUUGACAGACAAACUUGAUGAAUCUCAUUUUUCUCAUAGCACUGACCUGCAAUUAGCAGGAGGAGAAGAGGUGUCAUUAGUCGGCCAGGGUGAGAAAGCACCUGUGGAUCAGACUUCACAGGUGGUUCACCUGGAAGAUGAGGACACAUGGGAAACUCCAUCAAUCCAGUGUGAAGAAUCACUGUAGAGGAUGUCUGUUGUGGACAAUAAAGCAAAGGCUUACAGUUUCUACCUGACUGAUGCUUUUUGAAAGACAUCAGUAUAACAAAAUAAUCAUUGAAGUACAAUUUCAGAGCUGUUAAAACCACUUAUCUGAUCUGUUCUGCCUGAGGUGGCCAUUUCCUUGUGGAAACAGCAUCUGUGUUGAGUAAUGGCAUUUCCCCUUGCAAAAAGGCAGCAGUGGCACAGAUCACAACCUUCCCUAGAGUAGGUGUGGAUCCCCACUUUGGAGCUUCUGGCUCUGAUUGUUUUACCUUGUUACAGAGUGUGUCAGUCCCAUCAUCAGAGCCAAGUAGUGUGGUAGGAUGGAUCUUCCUCAUGUGAAAUCAUGGUCUGGUGUGUCUGGGAGUAUCCAAGGGUCCAGAAGUAUUUCAGUGUACUUUUGAAAUGGUAAUUUAGUGCACAUUUUUUUCCCCAGCUGUUAUUGAUAUAAUAUGUCCAGGAUAUAAUGAAGAAAUGAAAGAUAAAAUGAACCUGGCUCUAAAAGUACCACUUGCACCAGGUGUCAUCUCCUCUUUGAACUAACUUGUUAAUUGAGCAGAGAAAUGGAAAUGAGGGUGCAGACUGAUGGAAGAAGCUUUUUUAAGAAAAAUAAUAAAGAUAAAAUAACUGUCUGCCUCAGUACCAGGUUGCUGGUUGGCCUCAGGAACCCAGUAUUAAGCCUUAGGCUUUAGCUGCUGUUACAGUUAUUGCCUCACAAAUCUAACUGGAAGCAAGCUCUUAAUAUUAAGAAUUUUGUCAAAGUUUGGAAAGCUUAUCAAGAGUUACUGGUUUGUCUGCUUUUAAUACAUGGUGGGAAUUUAUUAGUUAGUCUUCUGGAGGAAUGUCUUCUACAUCCACGGUGUUGUGAGUACUAAAAAAGCAUCAGCAAAUGUGGUCUCUUGAUUAAAUUGUGCAUUUGCUUCCAGAACCCUUCUUGUCAAGGGCAGGUGUUAGUUUGUCACAUUGACUCCGAAAACAUACCAUGGAAAUUUAUUCCCAAAAUAGAUUUUAUUAAAAAUUUGGUAAUUAUCAUCAAAACCUCCAGAAUCUGCUAUUUGCCUUUUAGUCAUGGUUAAACAUUUUGAGUUAAAUCUCAGGGGCUGAUUUUUUUUUUUGUUCUUUGUUAGAAGUCUAGGCUUUGUUCUGCCAUCUAAAAUAUGGAGAUUCACAUGGGGUUUUUCUGUUGCCUCAUUUUCUUUCCUCCAGUUCCUUAAAUUGUGCCAUACGUCUUAUUUGUGGUGCAAAGGAAACAAAGAAAUAGCUGAAGAUUCUGUCCCACUGCUUCACUAUUUAUAGCUACAACUGCAUACUGUGUUUGUAAUGCACUGUCUACAUUUAUAGAAUCAUAUAAAUAUCAACACCCUUGUAAAAGUUGCAUGUCUCAAUAAUAUAUGUGCAGAAUAGAAGCAGUGAUCAUAAACAUUUUUAUUUCCAAGGGAGGUGAUUCAUUCUUCCCAUGAUGAUUCCACGAGCCAUCUCAAUCUCACUAACUUGCUUAUGGUUCUUACAGUUUUACUGCAAUGAAAAUACCAGCAAAGGACUCUAAGCCACAGAGGUCUGGCACUCAGGCAGAACCUAAUUUCAGAGCAGUGUGGUACAAGUGCUGUUGAAAGCAUGGAGAACAGCUACAGGAAAAUAAAUCAGUGUCUUAGGAUUGCUACUAAAUUGCACUUUAAACAACUCUUAACUUGCUUCUGUCCUUGUCGAGUUGAUGGCAGAGCUUUCUUUGACUGUUCCCUCUGACCUUGUGUUUAAAAAAAAACAAAAACAACCCCAAACCUUUAAUGUCAAUUAUUUGUACUCUUGUCAUUAUGGACUUAAGAAUAUUAAACUUUCACACAAAACCAAAAA